GAAUAUGAAUUUUGUGUUGGAUCAUUUUUAUUGGGAUACACUUACAGCUGUUGAACGGCCAUGAGAGAACCUAAUUUUUUCAACCGUCUUCAAAUUUGACUCCAAUUAUGGGAUCAUGACAAAUGACUCAACGGCGUAAUACCUUCUGGUUAAUUUCUAAUAUUUUUAUGCGUCAUUCAAUUAGACUGCGGAAAAAAUUGUUCAGAAUAAACCGUUUACACUCGGAAGAAAAAAAAUUACAGUAUUUCAUGGUCGGUUAAUCUAAAAUACUACAUGUUUUGCCAGUCAACAAACAUCUUGUCCGAGUGAUACUGGACUUGGAAGAGAAGGCUGGAACAGUUUUACCUCAUCCAUAGCCUGUCAUGAGACACACCGUCACACUUCUCGCAAGAGUGACAGUUAAUCCUUGACAGUCUUCCUGCCUUACAACUGAUAAUCCACCUGUCUCAAACACCAGGAGCAAGGCACGUGGUCAGGUGUUUAGUCACGUGAUACAGCUCUUAUCUCCUCAUUGGACAGCAGAUAUUGGAGUAAAAGCAGAGAGAUUGUAGACAAGCUUUCAUUUCUCGUUUGACGAUGACGCUUCAACUGCAGUUUCAGUUUUACAAUAAACUUAAAAACACCGCAGCUGAUAAGGAGGUAUUGGAAGUAAUCACAGGUUACAAGGUACAAUCAUGGAUAGACAAGGAUCCUCUGCAGAUAGUCGACCUAGUCAAGAAACCGGGGAGGGGAGACCAGGACGCGCAAGACAAGACCAUGCUGAACGAGAUUAUCAACCAUCUGUCUUUCUCAACUUCUUUCCGUGGGUGGAUGUCCUUCCCUGACUACGGCACCUCAGCUCUCUACUAUACCCCAUGUCUAGAGGUCGAACUUAGAGGGGUGGAAUUUUGUUCGAUGAUCACUCCCUUUGAGAUCUACCCACACUUUGAUACACUAAGCUCUGAGGAUUGUAAGAUAUUGGCUGUGUUCGAACAUGACAUACAGAGGAUAAUGAUCUACAUCUGCAAGGAAGGCUCCGUGUGGAACAGGAUCUACCUUCACUAUGAUGAUCUGGAGAAUCACGUCGUUCAGCAGAUAACUGAAAAAGACACUACCCGUCUGGUACUUUGUCUGAAGUGCUGCCCCUCAUUCUGGCAGUCACUACCCGAGACGGUUGCCCAAAAAAGAAAGAAGCUCUCCCGAGACCACUGUGCCGGCGAUCAGCUGGAAAAGAAACUGCGUCUAAAGACCCCCUGGACAAGAAUAAGGACCCUGACUGAUGAUGAGGAAAAGUGCGACAUUCCAAAGUGCUCCACCCUCGUGUUGACAUACCCAACAAACGGCUCAACACUCAGCAGGAUCGUGUCCGGGUUCAAGAAGCACAAGUACCAGUGUUACUUCACCAAGUUUGAUGAUCUGAGGUACCCGGAGAACGGUAUGAGGGGGAAUGGAAAGUGCUGGAUCGAACGGCUGAUGGAGAGCAACCCACUGCACCUUGACAAUAUAAACUUGAGAUAUUCUCUAAAAUGUCUGGAAUCUCUGGGCUUCCAGUUUUUGGACAAGCUUCACAAGACCUCUACAGAACAUAAGAAUUCAUUCUUUAGAUUCCUUCAGCAAAAGAUAAAGGAAAACGAUGUUGAAAGAAUUGACUUGGUCACCCAGACCAUUUUCAAGCUGGUGCAGGCUUUUGACAAAGACCCAUUCUUGGACCCAGCAACUGUCUUCCAACUGUACUUUGACAAGGUUGACGUGAAGCCGUUCAACGUAGAGUCCCAUUACCAAUUUAUCAAGAGGAUAGUAGUUACGCCGUCUAGAACCAUCUUUGUGCCACCAGAGCCCAUCGCUAUAAACAGAAUUCUUCGUCAGCACAUAAUGUACGUGGAGAAUUUUGCUAGGGUCUGCUUCAGAGACGAAGACUUCUCUCAGUUCAACGUACAUUCGGAGCAAGCGACAUACAACGUUCGGAAAGUUAUAGAUGAGGGAAUCAGGAUCUCGGAUGACAUCGUGUUCCAGUUCUUAGCGUGCUCCAACUCCCAACUAAGAUCGCAAGGACUCUGGUUGUUUUACCCACAGUGUCCCAUCACAGUUGAGUCCAUCAGGGAUAGCAUUGGAGAGUUGAACAAGAUGAAGACAACCCAAAAGUACGUGACUAGGAUGGGGCUCGCUUUCACAGCAACUGACUUCUCCUUGUCUGAAGAAGUUGAAAUCCAGGAGAUUCCAGAAAAAGAGAGGAUAGUUGGGAACAAAAGGUUUAUCUUUAGUGAUGGAGUAGGCUGUAUCUCACCAGGAGUAAGGGACCUUAUCGUGAAGGAGAAGUAUGGGUAUCAAGCUGACUAUAAGCCAAUAGCAUUCCAAGUGCGGGUCGGAGGAUGCAAGGGUAUGGUUGCUGUAAACCCAGAUCUAGAUGGCCUACUACUUCAAAUCCGUCCCAGCAUGAAGAAGUUUGAGUCUACUCACAAGCAGAUAGAGCCAUGUGGGUACUCGGGGCCCAGAGAGUUGUACAUGAACAGACAGGUAAUAGCUAUCUUACGGGCACAGGGGGUCCCAGACAACAACUUUAUCUCCCUGCAAAACAAAAGUCUCAUAGAGAUAGCAGACAUGUUGACUAAAGAACCACUUGCCUGCCACGAAAUGGGAUCAAUGCUGAGGGUCAGGGUGUCUAAUCUUGAGAGAAGUUCCAUCAGAAUAACAACAGAGCCAUUCCUGCGAAGACAGCUUGUUUCUCUCUACAAGUUUAAGGUUCGAGAUGCACUAAACAAGACUCGCUUUAGGAUCGACAUUGACAAAGGCAGACAAAUGAAGGGAAUCAUGGACGAGACAAACACUCUCAACUAUGGAGAAGUGUUUGUUCAGUACACCGAACUCAACGGGACUAACUUGAAAAGAAUCCUUAUAGGCGACCUGUUUGUCACUAAAAAUCCAUGUCUCCAUCCAGGUGACCUAAAACGAGUCCGGGCCGUUGACGUUCCAGAGCUUAGGCAUCUGUAUGAUGUUGUGGUGUUCCCUUCAAAAGGACAAAGGCCCAUACCUAACGAACUAUCAGGUUCAGAUCUUGAUGGUGAUGAAUAUUUCGUAUGUUGGGAGCAAAUGCUGAUGCCAAAGAAAGAUUGCGAGGCUGCUGAGUACUAUGUUGAGAAAUUAGAUCCGAUAAAAGACUCCUCAACCGAGCCACCGCCGGAGUUCGCCGAUGCUCAAAUUAAUGACUUUGUCUUCAACUACAUAACCAAGGGUUCCAAAUUGGGUCAGAUCAGCAACGCCCAUGCUAUCUGGGCCGAUCGACUAGAAAAGGGUGUCCUCUCCAAACAAUGUGUUUCUCUAGCUGAAAAACACAGCGAUGCAGUUGACUUCAUAAAAACUGGCAUAGCACCAGUCUUCGACUUUUCCGAGAGAAGCUUGAUCUACCCAGACUGGAUGAUGAAGCCAGACAAAGCCGCUUAUAGCAGUAAAACUGCAACAGGGAAGAUGUUCCAUAUUGUACAGGGUUUGGAGCACUCGGUCCUAGAUCUGAAUAUUCCUGAAGAAAACAUCGCCCCGGACGAAAUAUUCCUACUGGAUGAAGGUCCAACGGAUGAGGAACUAGAGAGUGCUACCAAACUUUACACAACGUAUUGUACGGAGUUAUCCAACAUCAUGGUGGCCUACGGAAUUGCAGAUGAAGGAGAUAUUGCUGCUGGCUGUUUGAACUCCAUAAAGAGAAGCCUCGCUAAGGAGCAUGAACGGAACUAUGAUAUGCGGGAACAGUGCCUGUCCAUGUUUAGAUCCCUCCAAAGGAAGUACAGAAGAACGUUCUUUUCAAACCUUGGUGUAUCUCAAGAGAACUGGAGACAGGAAGAAGAGAAGGUGCUGAGACAAGCUGCAGCCUGGUACUUUGUCACUUAUCACAAACCACAACCAUACCAAGAUCUCAUCCUGCUUAGCUUCCCCUGGUGCGUGGCUAACAUUCUCAUCAGGAUUCCAGAGCUCAUGAACACGUCAACAAUACCUAACUCGAUAAGAGACAAGCUGAGGGCAGAGCUGAGAGAAUGGUACGGUGUCAAGUUGAGGAAAGGAGCUGAGUUCAAAGAUCGAGGUAAAGAAGUCCUGAAGCUUUUGAAUAGUCCUGAGAUGGUCAGUGUGACAGAUAUUAGCCGAUACACCUAUGGACUGAUUAUUGGAGAAGCCUUUAUUUAUUAUGUGAACGAAUCUCCAAAAGAUUUUGCUCUUGAACUAAAGAGCUGGCUAGCGAAGCAAAGUUUCGACGCAGACGUUUCGGGUGAACUGAAAGACUUAGCGACAGACUUCCAAAAAUCGAGCGAAAAUUGGGCUGUCUCAGAAAUCUGCGUGAACGAUAAGAUGAUGAAAGUUAUUGUCACAAAUGAUAAACUCUUGCUGAGAAAGGUGAAGAUCUUAAAACAGUACUGCCAAAAGUACAAAAUUCUGGGUCACACCAUGUUUUUAAUCUUAAACUGGGCUGAAAAGAACAACAUAACCACUAACGCGGGUCUGGAGGCAGAUAUUGGGAUAAGCUUCCUGGAAUUCAUGUUAAGGAAACAAGAUGGCCAGAUCUAUGAGAUGUCCGAAGAGUCCUACCUCCUUGAUGAUGUGAUAAUCGGUCAGUAUCCCCUCAAGAACACAGCCACGUUGUACCUGGAGUAUCUGAAGUACAUAAUAGGAGACUGCAAGAUGGAAGGAGAAGAUGACAUCCUAGGGACUGAUCUACUGGAGAUUGCUCGUACACUACUCGGAACUGAAAAGUGUAUGAUCGCACUGAUGAGAGAGUAUCAUUUCGUUUCCUACGCUCUCAAGUUCGAGUCUAAUGAGAGCUACAAGCAGAACAAUAUCAUCAGGAAAAAAGAUAAGAAGAUGUGCUUCAACAUUGCUCGAGCUACUUCCUUCUGUUCGAGCUUCUUUAACGAUCCCGACAUCACUGAAACCUUCGAGACGGGCCAAAAGAUCGAGAUAAAGAUCAGAGAGACGGAACUGGGAUCUAUUAACGCUCUGGUGUUGGAAAUUUGGGGUGACAAUCCCCAGAAGAUGAACGAAAUUGCCGAUGCUUUUGAAAUCGACGAAGAUAGAUUUCAAUUAUUUGGCAACUAUUUGUUCAUCCGUCAAAAGAAUUUCAAUCAAUUCAAUUUCCUUGCUCCAAAGACGAUCGACAAGCCGCUUAAAAAGUAUUUCUCCCUCCGGAAGCACGAGUCAAAGCCUCGGGAGAAAAAUCCACUGAAACACGAUAUAGAUCCGAUGUAUUACAAUAACGAUAAUAACAAUAGAGACGAGAGUUUGAAGGAGCUGGUCUACAGGGAGAUUCUCCGAAAGACCCGUCUGAUGAGAGAUGGGCUCUACAACCAGAUUUCUCACGGGAAACUGACCAUCAACACCACUUUCGGAAAGCUGAAAAUCAAACGGUGUGAAAAUGGUAGUCUGGACAAAGAAUACAUGUCUUUGUUCCUAGACACCAAAGGAAACAUCUUAAAGAAACUUAGAGGAGUCACCAAAGCUACUCCAAAGGUAACGACAAGUUACGUGUUUAAUGUGAUAUACGAGGGUAUUUCCUACAAAGUACAUUUCGACAAAUUCCACAAACUGAAGUCGCUAUCUUUGACUGACAUCGUAUGGACAGACAUGAUGAUCCUGCAUGACCGGGGAGUAGAUAUGAACAUCAUGAUGACAUCAACCCACUCGCUGAAAGGGGAGCGUUUGAACCAUCUACCCUUAACAUACGAGCUUUUUAGAGGCACUAAGAAGUGGAUUGAUCGGGUAGACAAUGGGAAAGGGAUCCAACUAAUAGAUAGGAACGAAAUACCUUGCUUCAUUUCCUCCAUAGAAGUGAUUACAGAGAAACAGUACAAGUUCUGGAAGGAUCCUGCUCUGGCCGAUAUGACAGUUUCUGAGCUGACAGUCGAGGUGUAUCAGGGAUUGGAAAAAGGUUUCGUAAGGCACUCCAGGACUUAUUUUGAGCUUAGACUCUCAGCGACUAUAGACACCCUCUUAAACACAGAGUUCUUGAAGACAUAUGAGAAUGUGGCGCUGGAUAUAGCCACUGUGGAUAUGAAUACACGAACACCUAGAAGAAGUGGGAGUUGGAGAGCCGCGACCUCUGACCCAGACUCAGUUCCAAUUCUUCCACGCAGACCCAACAAAAGUGGUCCUCGCCAGACUACUGAAGACAGUGCACCUACCAUUACCAACAUCUACCCCUCACAGUUUCCCGGAAUAGCCGAGGAAAAUUCAGUUGCGAGUCGUAGUAAUGUGAGUACCGGUGCUCCAUCAUUGACCAGGUCUGGUGACUUACCACCUUCAACUAGUAACAGUGUCAGUAGACUAGCAAGACAAGUUAGGAUGAGAGCCAUGGCAACCAGUGGAGAUCACGACGAGUUUGAGCAACUCACUCCUCAACAGUUGGAAAGUAAAGACGGACUUACAACAGAAGAUUACAUAUUUCAAGUUGAACAGCCACCGGUUUUUCACCCCAUCCCAGGUCCGAACUCCAGCUUUACCAACUACACAGAUUUGCAAAUCGGAAAUGAUAUUUCUUAUCAUCAUCCUCUUAGUUAUCCUACUGUUAUUGGAACGCAUGAUCCAUCCGGUGAUGAACUAAGUCUUAGCUUGGAUCCUACAACUGUUCAGGGAAUAGGAGCUGGAUAUCAACUAUCUUCACAGGAAUCCAAUGAAGCACCGGAGCUUGAGGAUCUGGAUCAGUUUGACAUGACCUUCUUGGACCCCACACAGCUGCUCCCAACACACGAGAUAACAGAACCAAAAUCUCCGUCUCCACACAGCAACGCUUCCUCUGGUCCCGACAUUAUUCUGGUGGAACAAACCUUUACGGAGUGUCCAGGAUCAGGUGUUUCUGGUAACCCCUUUGAGGAGGAAGUUCAUGAUGAACCUAACGUCAGCGAUUAUGAAGACAGGAAAUUCUUGGAUUAGCUCCUCUAACUGCCCUUAUACUCCUUAGGUGAAAGGAGGUUCCUGACGUUUUGAAGCACCUACCCAUUUUGAAGCGGAACUGUGUUUUGUUAUUUUAGAUUUUUUUCAACAAUAUUGACACUUGAAAAUGCAUUUAAAAGCAUGAGCAUAUCUUUAUUUGAUCAGUUUUUUAGAUGAAAGGUUUUACACAUACCAAGUUUUAAGUUGAAAAUAGUUUGUACAGAUUUGAUGCAGUAUGUUUUGAGCGAAUCAUAGAUUUGUUGAACUUAAAAUCUUCCAGUUGGAUUGAAUGAUUGAAUA